AUGGCUCCGCCCCCUGAUACUGAACACAGUGAUCAGUACAUGGCCCCACCCCCUCAGACUGAACACAACGAUCUGUACAUGGCUCCGCCCCAUCAGACUGAACAUAGUGAUCAGUACAUGGCCCCGCCCCCUGAUACUGAACACAGUGAUCAGUACAUGGCCCCACCCCCUCAGACUGAACACAGUGAUCACUACAUGGCUCCGCCCCUGAUACGAACACA